AUGAUCGAAAGAGUUAAUUCAUACAAGUUACUUGGUGUUAGCUGUCAAAGUAACAUGAAAUGGAAUUCUCACAUCAAAGAAAUUACCCGUAAGGGAAACAGGAGACUGUGUCAUCUAAGGCAGCGCAGGGAGGCUCACCUUCCUACUGAAGAAGGAUUGGCGACUUACUGCACCAAAAUUCGUCCACUGCUUGAAUAUGCCGCACCACUUUGGGUUGGCCUACCUCACUAUUUACUGAACGACCUUGAGCGUAUUCAAAGGAGAAGCUUACGUAUUAUUGGUUUACCGGUCGAUACACUUCCCUCGCUUAGUGAGAGAAGAGAUAAGCUAACUCUUCGAGAAAUGGAGGCAAUUACUCAGGACGUAAACCAUACAUGUCACCACCUUGUCCCUAUCGCACAGAAGCAUGACUAUUCCACUACAACUAAACAAAGAUGUUCUAAUGUAGGUCGCAUUAUUUCCAGAACCGAAAGACAUAAAUCAUCGUUUAUGCCUCGUGCAGUUAAACUUUUUAAUAAUAAACUUUAA